AUGCGAUGGGUGGUGAAGACGCUUGACAAGCCGCUGCAGCGUUUCUUUGAAUGGUACACGCGACGCAUCCUGGUUGAUUAUUACCUGGUGUUCCUCGCCUGGCCGAUCGUAUUGACCGUGCUGCUGGGCGGGGGUUUUGCCUGGCUGAAGGAGCUGACUCUCCUCGAUGCACGGCGCCUCUACACCCCCGUUAGUGCACCAUCUUGGUCGGAGGAGGCGACGUUUUCAGAGUUGUGGCCGAUCAAACCGUACGAAUUCUUGCCCGAGCGCACAUUCCAAUGGGACCGCUAUGUGUAUGUGGUUGUUCACGGCAACAUCUUCCCCAACGGCUCGUACCCAAAUAUACUCAAUGAGCCAUAUCUCACAAAAAUCGCCGACAUCGAGGAAGAGAUCGCCGACAAAGUGGCAUUUCCGAUGAAGGACAAAUGGCAGAUGAACGGCACCAACUUUAACGAGACGAUCACCUUCAAGAAUUUAUGCCUGAACUGGUAUGGCGACUGCUAUCGGCAAUCUGGGCUUGUGCAGCUGCUGAAGCGGAGAAAAGAGCUGGAACGUCACGGGAUCUCGGUCUCAUAUCCGGUGGCGAAUCCCGAGGGCUCUCCAUUCUACAUAGCUUUCAAUGUGGGCGGGGUCGAUACGUUUGCCAACGAUACGAUCAAGUCGGCAAAAGCGAUGCGCCUCUUCUACUUCCUUCGUUUUGACAGCCCGCAAUAUAAUGAAAUGGGAAUGGCCUGGGAGGAUGCGGCAUCGAAAUUCAUCGCCGAAACCUACGCUAACCAUUCACAUAUUACGUGCCACAUCAAGCAUUCCCGUAUCCUCGACCUGGGGCUCACUGCCAACGCCAACCGCUUGAAGCCCUACUUUGCGAUCACGAUCGUGGUAUUGAUUGCGUUUACGACAUUCUACACGAUCAAAUGGAGCUUUGGGAGUCACGAUGACAAAUUCACAGUGGCGAUCGAUUGGCUUCGGUCGAAGCCGCUUCUCGCGUUGGGCGGAGUCCUCACAGCCGGAAUGGCCAUUGUCAGUGGCAUUGGGCUGAUGCUGUGGUGCGGGAUGUUUUUUGCCGAAAUCACGUUGAUCGCCCCGUUUCUUGUGCUGUCGAUCGCCGUCGACGAUAUGUUCAUCGCCGUCGCCGCGUGGCAUAACACCGAGAUCGAGAUGCCAGGAAACUCGGAAAAGGUGCUACGGGAGCGGAUGGCUGUGGCCAUGUCCGAGGCUGCGGUGGCAAUCUUCAUUACAUCAGCCACCGAUGUCUUCUCUUUUGCCAUCGGAACAUUCACCGACAUCUAUGCCGUCCAGGGCUUCUGCGCGAUGACGGCUGCCUGCAUGUUCUUCACGUUUUUGUAUCAGGUGACCUUCUUCGCCGCCCUCCUCGUCGUUUCCGCGAAGGCCCAAUUCGGCGGUCGCAAUUCGUGCAUGCCAUGCCUUGCCGCCACCGAUAUCCAAGCCGACGCCAUCGAGAAGCACAAAAAGAUGCUGAAGAAAAGUCAAAAAGAACACGUGGCGCUGCCGGUGAAGGCCUUUGGGGCAAUGGGCACUUUUUUCCGCGAUAUCUACGUCCCGAUCCUCCUAAACGUUUGGACAAAAAUCAUCAUUGCCAUCAGCUUUGUUUUCUACAUUUUGAUCUCAAUUUAUGGGAUUAUGAUCAUGGAGCAGGGGCUGGACUACGAGAAGCUCCUCAUCCCGGACGACCCGCUGGUGUUGGCGCUGAGAACGGAGAUUGAGCUCUUCCAUGGGGGUGAUCAGAUUGAAAUAGCGAUCGUGAACGCGCCGGAUAUGACGGUGGCCGAGAACCGGGAUCGAAUUGAGCAAAUCGUCCGGCGUUUCGAGCGAAUUUCCUACAGCAUCGGCCCGAAGAGCACCACCGUCUGGACGCGUGAAUACAUCAAAUACGCCAAUCUGACAGGCUCUUACCUCGAGGAUAACCACGAAUCGUGGGUGGUUGGCGUCUACGAGUGGAGCCAACUGUUUGCCUUUUACAAGCUGUGGUCCCAGGAUUUUGUCUGGUCCAACACCACUGAUCUCGACUCAUUGCGCCUGGACUCUUUCCGUUUCCGGAUCGGCGUCACCGACUUUUCCACGCCGUCGGAUCUCGUGGCGGUAACCGCCGAACUUCGCGGUGUCGCCGCCGAGCACCCGGACCUCGAAAUCAUCACCUACCAACAGAGCCGCGCCAUUGCCGAUCAGCUAAACGUCAUCCUGCCCUCCACCAUCCAAAAUGAUUCGCUGGCGGUCAUCUGCAUGGUGGUUAUUUCACUGCUGUUCAUCCCGAAUCCGUUAUGUACCGCUUGGAUCACGAUAGCCAUCAUCACCAUCGACUUGGGUGUCAUUGGACUGCUCUCACUGUGGUCGGUGAAGCUGGACCCGAUUUCGAUGGUUACCAUUAUUAUGAGCAUUGGGUUUUCCAUCGAAUUCUCUGCCCACAUCACACACGGCUUCAUGAGCGGCAUCAAUUUAACGGCUAAAGAACGAGUGAUCGAUAGUAUGGAAAAAUUGGCGUGGCCUGUCGUUCACGGCUCAUUAUCGACAAUUCUUGGCGUGACUGUGCUCGCCUUUAUCGAUUCCUACAUGGUCUUAGUAUUCUUCAAAACAAUUUGCCUUGUGCUGGUGAUUGGUGUUUUCCACGCGCUGGUCCUGCUACCAAUCGUUUUGGAGGUCACCCAUCCUUUCAUGGAACGGUUGAACCGACGACUACAGAAGCGCCUAGAGGAACAUGAACAAAAGAAAGAAAAGGGCGCCGGCUAUGCAAUAAGCUUGCCCGUGAAUGCCUUGCAA